GCGCGGGUUUGUCAAAAAAAAAAAAAUACAAACUCAUUGGAAAAUAAUACCCGAUAUGUGCGUUCUUUCAUGCUCUUCAGACAGUUACUGUAGUUGUUACGGAAGAACUAAACUGUUAUUCGCCUAAGCUUUCCGUGUGUUAGGGAAAUCAAAACUUUACUAGAAAAUCCAUUAAUUGGAUUAGCAAAAGCCACUUUGAUUAGCGUGCUGGACUAAUGUGGGGUAGGUAGCAUAGCGCUAACAGCAGCUUGUUUUCUCAUAGGGUUUGGAUGACAGCAGCCAACCUGACACUCAGAUCUGACAGCCGAGGGUUUUGUAGUUAACAAUGCAUUUAUUGUAAUUUUUCUGUGUUUCUAAGAACAGUUUCGCUAAGCUAACGUGUAUGCGCUAGCUGUCACCUGUGUUCACUUAUUGGAACGCAGGCGUGAUUCAGAUCAUACAUACUGGUACGCAGCCCUACUUAAAUUAUGGAUAGCUAUUCUGCUGGACGGGAAGGUAAACACCAAAAGAAGAAAGGCUUCACCUCGCAACUCAGCACACCUGGCAAUGACGAUGGAGACCGUAAGCCCAAGUUUAAUUUGCACUUUAAAAACCUCACAGAUGAUGUGCUGGACAGGUUUGCCAGUAUCCGUAUCCCAGGUAGUAGGAAGGAACGCCCCAACUUGCCCCACGCAAAGCACGGCUCCACUGAUUGGUCGACUCCUUCCUCCACCUCCUCCUCCACCAUCUCCCAGCUAGAGGAGUUGUCCUCAAAGAUCACCUCAGAGAAAGAGAUCCUGGCUCUGUUUGAGAAGAUGAUGGAGGACAUGAACCUCAAUGAAGACAAGAAGGUUCCUCUGAGGCACAAGGACCUGACCAUGAAGAGAGAGAUGGUCAUUCAGUACGUCUUCACUGCCUCAAAAACCGGCAGUUUGCGGAGCAGCCACCAGAUCUCACCGCAGGAGUUCCUGGGAGAGUUGAAGUCGGGGGUGAUGGACGAACGGCUGCUGGCCUGUCUGGACUCACUGCGUGUGUCUCUCACCAGCAACCCAGUCAGCUGGGUGCAGGGCUUUGGCCACGAGGGUCUGGGCCUGCUGCUGGACGUGCUGGAGAGACUGCUGUCCAGAAAACAGCAGGAGAAGAUGGACAGGAGGAACCAACACAAAGUGGUGCAGUGUCUCAAAGCCUUCAUGAACAACAAGUAUGGCUUAGAGCGUAUCCUGGGCGAAGAGAAGUCUCUGGCUCUGUUGGCCUUGGCGAUCGAGCCAAGCCAGUCAGCCAUGAUGACGGACGCUGUCAAGCUCCUGUCCGCCAUCUGCAUCGUAGGCGAAGAGAACACCUUGGAGAAGGUACUUGAAGCCAUCACUGCAGCCGGGGAGAAGAGAGCCAUCGAGCGGUUCGCUCCCAUCGUACAGGGACUCCGAGACCGCUCUGUACAGCUACAGGUGGCCUGCAUGCAGCUUAUCAACGCCUUGGUGACGUCUCCGGACGAGCUGGACUUCAGACUGCACCUCAGGAAUGAAUUUAUGCGCUGCGGCCUCAAAGAGAUAUUACCGCACCUGUCAUCCACCAGGAAUGAGGCGUUGGAGAUCCAGCUGAAGGUGUUUGAGGAGAACAAGGAGGAAGACAUGAUGGAGUUCUCCCACCGACUGGAAGACAUCCGCUGUGAGAUCACUGAUGUGGGGGAUGUGUUCAGCGUGGUCCAGAGCAUGGCGAAGGACUCCAGUGCUGAGAACUACUUCCUGUCCAUCCUCCAACACCUGAUGCUAAUCCGCAACGACUACCUGGCCAGGCCUCAGUACUUUAAGAUUAUAGAGGAAUGUGUCUCUCAGAUCGUUCUCCACCGCAGUGGAACCGACCCCGACUUCUCCUACCGCAAGCGCCUUGAUGUGGACUUCAGCCACCUCCUAGAUGUGUGUGUGGAUCAAGCCCGGAUUGAUGAGUACGAACAGAGAGCUUCAGAGCUGGCUCAGAAAUCUGAGGAGGACUUCCUUAGCAGACAGGAGACUCAGGCAGAGCUUCUGAAAUGUGAGGAGAAAAUAACAGAGCUCACCAACGAGCUACAGGCCUUCAGGACUCAGUUUGGAGCUGGACCGGGGGCCUUGACCUCUGCUGCGUCUCUUGGUCUCCAUGGAUCUUCUGCUCCUUCUGCUGCUCCCGGCUGUCCUCCUCCUCCACCGCCUCCUCCUCCACCUCCUCCACUGCCUGGAUGUGGUGUCCCAUCACCACCUCCUCCUCCUCCUCCAUUCGGUGCUCCUCCACCACCACCUCCUCCCCCUGGUAUGGCGAGCCUCCUAGGCUCCCCCAAACCCCUGGUUCUCCCCUACGGCCUGAGACCCAAGAAGGAGUUCAAACUAGAGACCUCCAUGAGACGCCUUAACUGGUCCAAGAUCCGUCCACAGGAGAUGUCUGAGGGCUGUUUCUGGGUGCUGGCGGACGAGGAUCGCUACGCCAAGCCAGACCUCCUCAGCAGGCUGGCCUACGCCUUCGGAUCCCAAAGACCAGCCCGGAGAGAAGAGGAGGACCUGGAGGACCGUAAACCGCUGAAGAAGAGAAUCAAGGAGCUCAAAGUUCUUGAGCCCAAGAUCGCUCAAAAUCUCUCAAUCUUUCUGGGCUCGUUUCGUAUGCCUUACGAGGAGAUCCGUAGGAUGAUUGUGGAAGUGGAUGAAGAACAGCUGACUGAGUCCAUGAUCCAGAACCUGGUGAAGCACCUUCCAGAACAAGAGCAGCUUGCAGCGCUGGCUAAGUACCAGCAGGAGUAUAGCAGCCUAUCAGAGCCUGAGCAGUUUGUUUUGGUGAUGAGCAGUGUGAAGAGGCUGCGCCCUCGCCUCAGCCACCUGCUCUUCCGGAUGCAGUUCGAGGAGCAGGUAUCAAACCUGCGGCCCGACAUCCUGGCGGUGAGCGCGGCGUGCGACGAGGUGCGGAAGAGCCGCUCGUUCAGCCGUCUGCUGGAGCUGGUGCUGCUGCUGGGGAACUACAUGAACUCCGGCUCCCGCAACGCCCAGUCGUACGGCUUCGACCUCAGCUCCCUCUGCAAGCUGAAGGACACCAAGUCAGCUGACCAGAAAACUACACUACUCCACUUCCUGGCGCGGGUGUGUGAGGAGGAGUUUGGUGACGUGGUGAAGUUCGUGGAAGAGCUGGAACAUGUGGACCGAGCCAGCAGAGUCUCAGCAGAGAACCUGGAGAAGAGCCUGGUGCAGAUGGAGCGGCAGCUGCUUCAGCUGGAGAAAGAUCUGAAGACUUUUUCCUCCUCAGACCUCCCCCAGGACAUGUUCCUCACCAAGAUGUCCAGCUUUGCCAAGCACGCACGGGAGCAGUACGCCAAGCUGGUUGUUCUGCAGGGGAACAUGGACGCCCAGUACCAGAGCAUGGUGCAGUUCUUCUCCAUCGACCCCAAGAAGACCUCUGUGGAGGAGCUCUUCAAUGACCUCAGCAACUUCCGCACCAUGUUCAUCCAAGCGCUGAAGGAGAACCAGAGGAGCAGGGAAUUGGAGGAGAAGCAGCGUCGGGUCCGGCUAGCCCAGGAGAAAGCUGAGAAAGAAAAGCUCCAGAGACAACAGAAGAAGAAGAGUCUGAUGGAUGUCAACAUCAACUCAGAAAACGAGGAGACGGGGGUGAUGGACAGCCUGCUGGAGGCUCUGCAGUCUGGGGCCGCCUUCAGGGACCGCAGGCGGAGAGCCCCCAGACCCAGAGAUCAAAAGAUCAUCAGUCCCGGCUCCUUCAGACAGGUCCUGCGACCCGUCCCGCCUGGUAACAACGAGAACAUCAGACCAGCUGUGCAGGGCUUCAUCUCCCCCCUCAGCCGAGGCCCCGGAGGUCCCGGUACCAGAGGGCCCCCAACUAGGGGCCCCUGCAAGACCACCACCACACACAUGGAGAGAGAUAGACCAACUGAGAGAGAGAGACCUGUGGAGAGGGAGAGACCGGCCGAGAGAGAUAGAGCUGCAGAGAGAGAGAGAAAGGUAGAGAGAGAGAUAGAUGCAGAGAGAGAGGGACCGGGAGAGCGAGAUAGAGCUGCAGAGAGAGAGAGGCUGGUUGAGAGACAUAGACCCGCAGAGAGAGAGAGACCACGAGAGAGAGAUAAUCAGAGAGAGCGGCUGGGAGAGAGAGGGAGGAUGGCUGAGAGACAUAGGCCUGCAGAGAGAGAGAUGGAAAGCAAGACGGAGAGUAAUAUAGUGGUUGAAUCUUUGGCAACAGGUUGUAAACAGUCGCCUUCAUCUUCCUCGCUAAAAGGAGAUUCUGAUGUGGAUGCCCUGCUGGCAAGACUCAGAGCUCUGUAGGAGGAACACACGCAUGUUCAGACUACUAGUAGCAUGCCUCUAGCAUUAAGGUUAUUAGCAGUGGUUACUAGCACGCUUAAUGCCCAGCAAACACAUGUCUUGAAAGACAUUCCACGGAUGGCCAAUCUUUCUCUAGGACUAAUAACAGCAUUGGAUAAGGAUAAAGUCUCACAGUGGCGUGGUCUUGGCAGUCCAGUGUGAUUGCACCAGAUUUACCAGCUAGUGGAAGAUCCAGCAGAUACUGAGAAACAACACAGGCACAGCCUCAAUUAAAGACGUUAGCGUUGCCUUAUGUAUGUACACAUUCUGCUCUUCGAUUGGUCCUAUUUAGCUUUAAUCAUAAACACUACAGGUAUAAUCGUCAUUUAUUGUUGUCAACUGUGUCUUUAAGUACAAAAGAGAAAACAUUGUAAUUCAUGUUUAUGUUUUCAAACUUUAUUUCUAACAAGGGUACAAAUGUCUCAAAGUUCUUGAGAACUGAGUAGUUAGUUUGUGUUGAUGAUUGUGUUUUGUUUUGGUUUGUAUUUGUCCUUUCAUCUAUUUGAAAUCUCUUCCGUCCACACCGGACUAAGAAUGGCUGUGCACAACUUUUGUAUUUAAUCGGUCACACGUAGAUUUGUAUUUUCUAUACUACUAUAAAAAUUAAGAUUUUUUCACUUUUCUAAGGACAACAGCGAGAGAGCUUUGUGUUUGUGCUGUCCUUCGUUUUGAUGUCUUUCCAGAGUUGAGUGUAUGUUUUUGUGUAUGUAUGUAUAUACUUAUGUGUGUGUAUAUAUAUAUAUAUAUAUAUAUAUAUAUAUAUAUAUAUAUAUAUAUAUAUAUAUAUAUAUAUAUAUAUACGCACACUCUGAAUCGGUGUGCCUCUUAUGUUUGCUUAUGAGCAUACUUCCAUGAAUGGAAACGCUUGGAGAGGUGAUGUUUAAUCAUAUAAGCAUCUCCAACGUUUGGAUAAACAGUGAAACUCUGCUUUGUUAUACAGCCAUCUCAUCUUGAGUUUUGUAGACAUAUUUACAAUAAAGCAAGGUAAAAAAUA